ACGUGUAUGAAGAAGGAAUGACAAUUUUUUGAAAAACAAAAUAGAAUAAUGAGGAUUAGACUAACAGAUUGAACUGAAGAUCAACACAAGAUAAUCAUUUGGUACAGGUGGAUAAAGAACAAGAGGCCUUGUUGCUAUGGAAACUACAAAUGUUGGGGUAACCAUGGAAACGGCUCCAGACUGCAGUGCCAACUGUGAGGCAAUCGGAUUAGCAGCCAUUCAAUCUCUGGACACAUUGAAUGGCCAGAUUGUCCAGUUUCUCUUCACACCUAAGGACCCAGAUUUGGACAUUGACCAAGAGUUAACUCCACGACAAUGUCAGGCUUUAAAGACUUCCAUGAAUCUGAUGCGCCGCCUGCUGGAAGAUGCCCAGGGAAAAUUUCGUAAAAUGGUCGAGGACAAUAAACAUUUAGCCACACACAUUGAUACUUCGAUAGAAAUGGCCAAUCAGCAAGUGCACAUGCUACGUGAAGAGUUGUUGGACACAAAUCGUAAACUUUUGGAGAUAUCUGGAGGAAGGUUUCAAAAUCAAGGCAAUAUGGAAAAUUCUUAUAAUGUUCAUCGUAAUGAUGGCAUGCAGUAUAAUAAUGACCGCUCAGAAAUAGCGCGUCUGAAAGAGGAGAACGCCCGUCUUCAGCAGCAGGUCCACUACCUGGACAGGGAGAUGAAGGAACUGCAGCUCACCAAAGAUUCCACCAUGAAGUCAACCAAUGGGAUACCGGAGAAAGAGCUUGGGGUUGGAGAAUUUGGAGAAGUUAAAUUGGAGCUUCUUCAAACAAAGCAGGAAUUGUUAAAUGCAAAGGAAGCAUUAAAAGUGAUGAAAGGUGACAGAAAAAGACUAAAAGCAGAAAAACUGGACCUUCUCAGUCAAAUGAAGCAGCUGUACGGCACUCUGGAAGAUAAAGAGGCAGAAUUGAGAGAUUUUAUCAGAAAUUAUGAGCAGAGGAUGAAGGAAAGUGAUGACACAAUAAAACAGCUAAGCUCAGAUAAGGAUGAGAUAGAAAGAGAAAAGUGGGAAAUCUUAAAAAGAGCCAGAGAUGCCACAGAACGAUCAGUCAGCCUGCGACAGCAACUGGAUGUCAAAGAAAAAUACAUAGAAAAACUGCAAAGGGAAUUCCGAGAUAUGAAGGAGCAGCUCUCAAAACACAACAAAUUUGAUGAAGCAGUGUUAGAUCUGGACCCACCGCCUCCCUCCCUCCGCUCUCCCAGCACUGAAGAGCUGCCGCCAUAUCAAGAGUCGCCACCAAAUUCUGGGAAAAGUUAUGGAAGUGAUUCACCUUUCUGUUUGACGCCAACCCAGAGAAACUACACAGCCGACAAGAUGUCCCCGAUGUCGGACUUCAACUCCCUGGAGGAGAUCUCGGAGGUUCAGGACCAGGAGGACGGAAAGAAGAAACGGAAAAAAAGUUUCAGCAGCAGUAUAUCCAAAGUGUUCUCUAGGAAUCGCAAUAGGAGGUCGAUCAAUAGUGACCCCAGGAUAGAAGACUGUGAGAGUAACCUGAGUUCCCACUCUGACAGCAAUCCUCACCUGUCUCAACUCAACCAGGAGAACUAUGAGGAGAAAUUGUGUUUGGUUGAGAAAUGCUCCUCUACCGCAAUGUCCCAGUGGAAGGCUCCAGAGGUGCUGGCUUGGCUGGAGAUCACCAUGUCCCUGCCUAUGUAUGGCAAGAUGUGUGUGGAGAAUGUAAAAAGUGGAAAGGUGCUUUUAGGUCUCAGUGAUUCAGAAUUGGAGUCAGCUCUAGGUAUAACUCAUUCCUUUCACAGACGCAAACUACGGCUUGCCAUUGAAGAACAGAGAGACCCGACUUCUUGUAAAUACCCCAAGGCCAGAUAUGUGGACCACACCUGGGUGGCCCAUAGAUGGAUCCACGACAUAGGCUUAGGACAGUACCAAACUAACUUAGAAUCAAAUCUCAUAGAUGGCAGGAUGCUGAACGUUCUUACCAAAAAAGACUUAGAAAAACACCUAAACAUCCACAGAAAGUUCCACCAGUGUAGUAUGUUACACGGGAUAGAGCUGCUGAGGAGGGUGCAUUUUGAUAAAGAUUUGCUGUCUGACAGAAGAUCUCAGUGUGAGACAGUGGACUGUGAUCCCCUAGUCUGGACUACUGAAAGAGUGGCCAGGUGGAUUAAAAAUAUUGAUCUCCAGGAGUACGCAGAUAAUUUAAAAGAUAGUGGUGUUCAUGGUGCUCUAAUGGUGCUGGAACCUUCAUUUAACGCAGAAGCCAUGGCGGCGGCUCUUGGGAUACCAGUUUCCAAGUCCUACAUAAGGAGGCAUUUGGCAUCGGAGAUGAAUGUUCUCAUUAAACCGGCCAGAACUGCACUGGAAGCAAGCAAUGCCAGUAAAAAGAAAACGGCAGGAGGAUCGCUCGGGCGAAGUUUUGAGAGAUCUUUCCUUGGUCCUGGUGAAGAUGGUGAGCAAAGGAAAAAGCCAACAUUCAGGGGAUCUUUGGGUAGAGCCCUAGGGAGGAAAAUGAAGAAUGACAUCCAACAGCAGACAAGCAGAUCUAGCCUCAGUUCUUCUCACAGGUCAAAAAGUAUAGAAAUGGAAAGUACCCCUGUGUAGCUAUUUGUGAACCCCAAAAAAUCUGAGUACUCCCUUGUAAACAGGAUGGUUAACUACGUACAAUACUGGACGAUGUCUCAUUUGAAAACAGGCAAGACAAUGGAAAUCUGGAUUUUUAUGAUGGAAGCCCUGACCAUUUACUAUAGGGCUGAAAUAUUGCAGAGCUUUUACUACUAUCUUCAGUGAAAAUAAAGACAGGUCACAGUUGUACAGAAAGCAAACCACAACGUUUUAUAUUUCAGAGUAAAUGCACAUUCACAUUAGAUACUGAGAUUUAUCUGAAUACAUCAACAGUAACUAUUCAAAAAUUAAACUGUGACAUUCCAAGCUUUGAGGCUACUUUUACAUUUUCACAGUGGGCGUACAGUGGAAGGCAUCAUUUGACUAGCAACUGCCAUGUCUUGAUUAUCUAAAGAAGAACUACUAAAAACUUGGAGAGAAAAUGGGUCAUUCUUAUGAGACACUUCAACACUGGAUGCUUAAAAUUUGUCCAAAGGUUGUAACUUGUAAAGCUUCAAAUAGAUUUGAAAUAAAGCACUGACAAAUUAAGGAAGUUGGAGGGUUCAUUAAAACCAAA